UAAGAACCAACGAGAUGAAAAUUCUGCUGCUCCGAUAUCACAUCCUUACGUCUUUAAGAAAAGACUGCCAACUUCUAUCACAUUUUUCGAACUCCGUACACUGUGCACAAGUAUGCCGGACUAUCGAUAGUUCCAAAUUACAAUCGAAGUAGCGAAAAAAAAAAAACAUCGAUAGUUUUGCACCACUUCAAGCAACUACAUCUGAAAUUCCUCAAAAAUAGUAAAUAAUUGCUUCACCAAAUAGAUGUCUAAAAUAAUAGUAGAUCAAUUAAGCCACGCACAAAAGGUGCGUAUUUUAUAUAAGACGAUAUUACGUUUGCAUAGAGGUUUACCACAGGAGCUACGAGAUUUGGGUGAUAAAUAUGCGCGCGACGAAUUUCGGCGGCAUCUUGCCUGCUCACCUAUGGAAGCACAACUAUUUAUGACUGAAUGGGCUAAAUAUGCCGUGACGAUUACCUCACAACUAGGGCUAAAGGGUAAACCAACGGGGACACUAGGGGGCGAAUUGGACACUAGAAUUGUUGAAAUGCUUAAAGACGAUCAAGUAGUACAAUUAUAUGAACUAAUGAUAGCUGCCAAGGGCCUUGAAGAUACGAAUACCGUGAAAACGAAAUAAAAUGCAGUUUCCUUCAAAUAGGUACCUGAUUUAA